AUGGCGGACAAUGGCUCUUCAACCCCCCAAUUCCUCGCGCCGCCGGCCGUCACGGCCUUGCGGCAGGAGGCUCGGAACAUCUACCCGGUCAUGACACGGACGCUCAGUGAAGACAUGCGCGAGGAGCGGGAAGACUUGAAGGAAGCUGCCGAACAGACUCUGAACAUCAUCGUGGACCUCGACCUAGAGGGUCGUAUCAAGUGGGUGAGCCCGUCCUGGAGACAAGUCGUUGGCUCUCCCCCCGAAUCGGUCGAGGGCCGCAUGAUCUCGGAGAUGCUGGUUGGCAAUAAAAAUGUCUUUCGCGAUGCGAUCGAGUCGAUGAAGGAGGAUGACUCGCGUAGUCGAUUCAUUCGCUUCUCCGUGCAGAUGGGGCCGGACUCGGUGCUUCGAUACGCGCCCGAACCGCGUCCGAUCGAGUCGGGGACCGAUACUGAGCGAGAAGGGAAGCCUUCCGGGGAGAAGACGACGGAUGAGAAGAUGGAGCCUUCGCAGGCCGAAGGCGAGGAUAACCAUGAUGUGUUGACCAUGGAGGGUCAAGGUAUCAUGGUGUAUGACCGCACGGAUGAUGAGGCCGGACAUUCCAUGUGGAUGCUCCGACCGCUCACUGAACCCCGCGAAGUGACUAUCGACCUGCCACCUCAGCUUGUAGAGUCACUCGGCGUCGGCGCAGAAGUACUCGCGAACUAUCUGACCGAGCUCGCAGAGGCCGCAGCCAACGAACCGGAUCCCUCAAAACACCCAGCCCCGACUCCGGUUCUAUGUCGUAUUUGCGAACGCCAAAUCACCCCAUGGUGGUUCGAGAAACACUCCGAUCUUUGCUUGCAGGAACAUCGGGCGGAGAUGGAUGUACAAGUUGCGCAGGAGAACCUCAAUGAACACCGUCACGCUAUCGUGAGGGUGCUGGAUGCAUUGGAGGCUCGGCAAGGAAGGCCGUUGAUCGGCAGCGAUGGCAACAUUCUUCCCCUCGUCCAGCCAGAGUAUAAGGGCUUGCCCAUCGGGCCGUCCCCUGUCAGCUCGGCACCUUCAUCAGCUCCCACCUCUGGUGUGAGCUCGGCGCCCGGGACGCCACCUCGCUCUCGCGAUCAUUCCGCCUCGGGCGUCAUCACGCCAGGACGCCCUCGAGCAUUCACUGUUCGACGCCCGCUGGCUCGCAUUGUCGAGCUGGUGCUGGAUCUCUGCGACACUGCGUUGGAGAUCAGUAUGCCCAUGAUCAAAGAAUCGCAGCGCCCGGAGAAUGGAGAAGAAUUCAGGACAUUGUCACCGCAAUCUGAAUCUCGAAUUUCUCAGGUGCUUCAGUGGUCGUCCCCUAGCUCCAACACAUUAGAGCAGGAACAGGGCCUAGCUGCCUUGGCCGGUGACACAGAGGAGAUUGCAAAGGCUAAAGUAGAUGCCGUUGUUCGCCAUCGCAAGAUCGUUGAAUACGCAGAGCGCAUUCGGAUUGAAUACACUGUCCUAGUUGAGGAGUGUAUCACGGCUGCAUUGAGCAAGGCAGAGCGGAUUGCCGCUGGUCAACUCAGUGAUUCGUCUUGCUCCUCUGACGAAGAGAUGUCGCAGGACGCCGCUUUUGCCAGUGAUGCCGAUGUCAGCACCACCGGCGAUAGAGACGAGUUGAUGUACGUCCCGAGUCAAGAACCGCUGGCAGCGCAAUCGUUCCCUGCAGCUCCCACCCCACGCAAGCCUGUAACGUCCGCUCUCACAAUGUCUAUGCGCAAUUCUCCUGAUCGUGCACUGCUUGCGCAAGGCGAGGUCCGAUCGUCCUCUGUCGCGGUAUCUACUGGGUCUAAUAGCCCCUUGGAAUGCCCGACUCCCCGAUCCCAUAAGAGUGCCGCUGGCCUGUUAGGCACAUCACAACCCGCCCGACGGGGUCUUUCGCUGGCUGACAUUGAUGCCGGUGAUAGUAGCGAUAGCAGCAUGCCGUCAACGUCUGCUUUCGCCAGCGCUAUGCGAACAGAUUCACCUUCCUCUGAGCGGAGCUUUGACCGCAAACGUAGAAGCCUGGUGCUUCCAGGCCUGUCGAGUUCGCCCCGUCGGCAGCCUUCUCCUGCUCGAGUCUCUGGCCCCCAUUCCCCUCUGAGGAUGCCGAAGCCUCGACUGUCUCAUGGCGCAGACAGUCUUCCUUCCCCUAUCGUCUCUCCCUCUACUUAUGCUAGUGAACUGGCUCAUCACCAUCUUCAUCACCGUCGCCAAUCCUCGGCCACAUCGUCAGACGUGGUCAAACCACCCCCAUCACCACGUCUAUCCUCCGUUAGCCAGCAACCUCGUCCUGCGCCACCAUCUAUCAAAGACUUUGAGAUUAUCAAGCCUAUCAGCAAAGGCGCCUUUGGUAGUGUUUAUCUGUCUAAGAAAAAGUCUACGGGUGAAUAUUUCGCUAUCAAGGUGCUCAAGAAGGCCGACAUGAUUGCCAAGAAUCAGGUCACCAACGUAAAAGCCGAACGAGCAAUUAUGAUGUGGCAGGGCGAAAGCGACUUUGUCGCCAAGCUUUAUUGGACGUUUUCAAGCAAAGAAUAUCUCUACUUGGUUAUGGAGUAUUUGAAUGGAGGUGAUUGUGCCUCGCUUGUCAAGAUCUUGGGAGGUCUCCCCGAAGAUUGGGCUAAAAAGUACAUUGCGGAGGUGGUACUCGGAGUCGAGCACCUGCACAACCGUGGGAUUGUUCAUCGUGAUCUCAAACCGGAUAACCUUUUGAUUGACCAUACCGGACACUUGAAAUUAACAGACUUUGGUCUUUCCCGCAUGGGUCUCGUUGGCCGUCAGAAGCGUGUUUUGAAGAGUCCCAAUGAGCCCGCUCCUGACCUCCUCAAGCAAGGUCCUUUCCCUCGGGCUAUUUCCAUCGCCUCUUCUCGAUCGGCGUCAUUUGAUUUCCAGGCUGCCUCCUCUCCUGGCUCUACACCGUUGAUCACUCCGGAAAAUGCUGCGAAUGUACAGCCGUCGUACUUCAGUUUGAAUCAGAGUGGCCUCAGUAGACAGAGCUCUCGCCGAGCAUCUGGCUAUCGCAGUGAUAGUGCUGGUAGUGACAGCUUGAAUGGCAUGUUCAGAACCUUUUCUCUCAAUGAUACUGGAAAUGAACACCAUGUAGCGUCGCCAAACGUGCUGUCUACAAGUCUGGCGGAGGAAGAGGAGGAGCCGCAGAGCGAUGCAGGCGAGUCUCCUCACUUGUAUCCCCUGCAGCCAACAUUUAGCAAUCCCCUGAUGUACAACACGCCGCCGCAGCAGAGUAUGCUUCCGCCUGUCAUGGCACUGUUCGAUCCGGAGGACCAUGACCGCCGCUUUGUUGGAACUCCAGACUAUCUGGCUCCCGAAACAAUCAAUGGCAUUGGCCAAGACGAGAUUAGUGAUUGGUGGUCGUUGGGUUGCAUCAUGUUCGAGUUCAUCUUCGGCUACCCUCCUUUCAAUGCCCCGACUCCCGAUGAAGUAUUCGAGAACAUCCUUCAAAGAAAUAUCAACUGGCCAGAUGAUCCAGAGGAGUACACCACUCCCGAAGCCUUGGAUCUCAUGAACAAGCUCAUGACAUUGAACCCGCGUGAGCGUAUCGGCGCCAAUGUGGACGAGAAGUUCCCCAAUGGCGGUGCCGAGAUCCGUCAUCAUCCCUGGUUCGCUGAUAUCAACUGGGAUACUCUGUUAGAGGACAAAGCGCAGUUCGUGCCCAACCUUGAAAACCCUGAGGAUACAGAGUACUUUGAUGCUCGUGGUGCGACCUUGCAAGCUUUCGCAGAAGAGAUGGAAGAUGAGCCUUCGCCCCAGGGUCAAUCAGCUUCCGGAUCAUAUCCCGACAGGCCCCACGAUGCGCUCUUUAAAGUGCGUUCUCAGGUCAAUUCGAUGAAGCGCCCGUUGAUGCCUUUGCACAUCCCACCCCAUGUUCGCGAUGCUCGGGAUUCACGGAGCCGGAGAUUGAGCGAGCCAGCAUUGGCCGAUGACUUUGGCAGCUUCAACUUUAAGAACCUUCCCAUGCUUGAGAAGGCGAAUAAAGAUGUUAUCCAGAAGAUGCGCCAGGAGGCCAUGCAAGCACAGCAUCGGCAAUCUGCUUCGUCGUCAUCAGCUGCCCAAACACCCUUGACAGCCUCGCAGCCUUCUUUGGAAGGCAGCCCUCUGCCCAUGUCCCUGCAACGUACUCUGUCGCAGACCAAGGGGAACAACCGACCUUCGUCGCCUUCUGGUCUUAGCCAGGCAAAUUCAUCGCCUAGCCGACCUUCUCAGCCAUCGUCUCCGUUGUUGGUUCAGUUCAGCACUGGCAGCAACCACGAACGACGCAAGACUUCCGGAUCCUCCUCAACUGCCUCGCAUCAGUCAAGUGGCACAUUCCAGCCGUCCUCGGUUGAUCAAUCGCGCAUGCCAAACCUUCGCCUUGGCUCGGUUGCAUCGUCGCCCGUCAAGGCCAAUCGAAUUCCUGCACAUUCACCAGACAAGCACCCCUCCAGCCAACGCCAUGGAAGUGCCCCCGCGAGCCGUGCUCGAUCACAGACUAUCGGAUCGCAAGAUGGAGGCGAGUUCCCUGGAUUGACCAAGGAGCCCUUUGUGCCAUCUCACCACAAGCGCCGUAGUCAGCUCUUCGACAUCUCACCUUCGUCGUCUGAUAACGAGGACCCCCGGACUAAGGCCUUGCUCAAGGUCCAGCGCCGCCGUCAAAGCUCUCGCCGUCUCUCCCAAUUCAAUAUUCAGGAUGGCCCAUUCUUCCGCCCGCUGGAUAUUCUGAUCUGUGAGGAUCACCCCGUCUCCCGUCUCGUGAUGGAGCGCCUGUUCGAAAAGCUCCGUUGUCGAACCAUCACUGUCACCAAUGGUGCCGAAGCCAUGAGAUAUGCUCUCAGUGAAGUCCAGUUUGACAUUAUCAUGACCGAGUUCAAGCUUCCACAAGUCAACGGGGCCGACUUUGCACGGAUGGUGCGCGAGACUCGCAGUGCCAACAGACAUACUCCCAUCGUUGCGGUGACUGGCUAUUUGAAGGACCUUCCUGAGAUGCACUACUUCGAUGCGCUCAUUGAGAAACCUCCCACACUGUCCAAGCUGACCGAGGCCCUGUGCAAGUGGUGCAUGUGGAAGCCACCGCCAAAGGACUACAACCCUUCCUCCCAACCGCUCAACGUGUCAAUGGCAACCGGCGGUCGCACGAACCCAUUGUCAAAUGAUGACAGUCCUAGCUCGGCUUCGUCUGGGUUUGUGCCACACCCUCCUAGCUCGUAUAGAGGGUCUAGCCGUGAUGACUCGGUGAGUAGCAGUGUGUUCGGCGAUAUGGAAUCUAUCAAACCGGAUGAGGUCCCCGUGAUUAUCAGCCGGAACCAUGAUGACUGGGAUCAGGGCCAGGGUGGACUUGGCAUCUCCGAAGAUGCGCAUCCCGGCAGUCCUGAUCCCAAGGCUGUUCCCGUCCCGCAUCUUCUCCAUGCGAUUUCUGCACCUGCCGCCAUGGAUGCUAGUGGUACGUUGACGCCGCGGAAACAACGGUCUAGUGAAGCCAUCCGCGCUAAACGGGAGUCCUUGGAGAAGAAGCGGUACGAAUGUGCUGAGUCCGGGGACGACGAGGAUGAAGAGCUGGGUCAUUCGCAAUCACGUCGGAGCCCACCGACUCGCAAUCGUCGUCCUGGCUCCAAGCUUGGUAUCGAGAUGAUGCGUACCAAUAGCCGCGGCAGUGUCGUCAGUGGAAGUGAAGAGCUUCUUAAGAAGGAGCGCGAAGCGCUACGCAAGGCCGGCGAAUCUGACACCGACGAAGGUCCUUUGGGAUCCCCCGCGAGCACGAGUCUUGAAGAACGGUUUGAAGGCAUGAGCAUUCCCGAGGAAUCUGAGUAUGACGAACCGCUCAGUCCUCGCGAUUCGCCUUCCGAGCAUCAAUUGUCACCUUCUCGUCGUCGACCUUCUCUCGCGCAUUACGAUACCUCGAUCUAUUCUGGGCCGACAUCUCAUCCCGUUGUUUCCAAGUCCAGCUUGGAAGGGUUGAAGCAAGGCCAAACCACUCCACCGGGAGAUCUUACCAAGGCUGUUAAUGCCGGAUUGGGCGUUACUCCCAUCACCCCAGAGGUGAAGAUCUCCGACAACGGGUCAAAUACCGAGGCGGGGUCAGGCGGGGAUACCGAUACUAGUCCCACACCGGACGCUGAAGCCACACCUCGUCCUCUACACCCGUCCCCAAGUCUAGAUGCCGAGCAGACUCCUCGCGCACCGGACCGGUACCGAUCCACCAUGUCCGCCUUCAAACGGUAA